AUGGAUAAAGAACUCGUCAGUCUAAACAUUCACAAUAAAAGUUUGUCUAAUGACCCAAAGAAACGAAUAAAAGCACCUGGUAAUUUGGAGACUAGUCUUAUUGGGUAUACAAAUCCGCAAGAAGGAGAUAAUCCAUACAUAAAAAAGAAGUUUUCACCUGAGAAGCUAACACUGGGAUCCUCUAAAGCAUACAAUAGAAAAGCAAAUAAGCACGGAAAGGGAUAUUACGUUCAUACAGAUGGCGAAAAGGAUCAAAGAAAUCAAGGCUUGCGAAAUGUCGUAUCGUACCCAGCACUGUUAAAGGAAAAGCCUACCAAUGAUGAUGACGAUGAUGACGAUGACAAGGAAUUCGGGGUAAUAAAUUUGAGUCAAAUCACCCCAAGCCCGCUGAAAAAUAAGAAACCGGUGAUUACAGGCAAAAUUGAAGGUUUGUUAGAAAUAAGUGAUGAUGAGGACGGAGAUACCAAAAGGACCAAAAAGAGGAGGAGGAAUAAUGCAUCCACAAUUAGUCUUGAACCAAUUAAUUUACUUAAUAGCUUCGAAGAAGCCAAGUAUGGGAGUCGAAGGGAUAUUCUUAGAAGAUACAAAUCAAAACGUAUUCCUGCACCUAUAACAACACGACUGGAGCUUUUAAAACGAGCUCGGGUUCAUUUCAAAGAUCUAGGACAUAUAAUAGCAGGAGAAAAAUCACCAUCUGAGUAUUAUGUCAAGGCAAAAGAGUUACAGAGAAAUUCUGCGCACGAAACCAUGACUGCUAAAGAACAAACAAAAGUAGAUUGGGAGCAGUUUUAUGGAGGAUACUACGGUUUCCAAAGACAAUCAAUAAUUGGAAAUGAGAUCACAAAAGUGUGUAAAAAUGAUUUACAAAAGCAUAGGAAAAACCCAACUAUGAGCUACUGGUCAAUACCGAGUUUUGCUACCCAUGUACUAGCGAAUGAAGUUAUAAUACGAAUGAUCAUGGAAGACUUGAAUCUUGACUUUGAAGCUGCUGAGAAAUUUUGUCAGGAAAGUACAGAUUAUGGGAUUGUCAUUGCUGAUAAAGUUGACAUUGAGGAUGAUGUGUAA